GAAGACUCCAAGUCUAAGGAUAUUGUUGUCUUUCGACCUUCAUUACCAACAACCAAGCUUACUAGCUAUCCCCCGAAGGAUACUGAUUCUCUAUCCACUCUCAGAUCAAUGGCUCCGCCUUCCCAACUGCUCAACGGCGCUGGUGCCACCGCCGGAAAGUCGAUUACUAGCCGUAUGGCUUCCGUCUACAGCGAAGUACAGAACAGCCGUCUUGAUCAUCCUCUUGCUCUCCCUUCCGUUUUCAGAAGCCCCUUCAAAAUCGUCGAUGGUCCCGCUAGCUCCGCUGCCGGAAAUCCAGAUGAAAUUGCAAAACUUUUCCCAUCCCUGUUUGGGCAACCAUCAGCAAUAUUGGUGCCAGGUGAAUCUAAUGAAUCAGGAUCUGCCUUGAAGAUAGGAGUUGUGUUGUCAGGAGGACAAGCACCAGGAGGGCAUAAUGUUAUAUCUGGAAUUUUUGAUUACUUACAGGAAUGCUGCAAAGGAAGUACUUUGUAUGGGUUCAAGGGUGGGCCAGCUGGGAUCAUGAAGGGCAAAUAUGUGGUCUUGACCCCUGACUAUAUUUAUCCUUACAGAAAUCAGGGAGGAUUUGAUAUGAUCUGUAGUGGGAGAGACAAAAUUGAGACUCCAGAACAGUUUAAGCAAGCUGAAGAUGUAGCAAUGAAGCUUGAUUUGGAUGGGCUUGUGGUUAUUGGUGGAGAUGAUUCAAAUACAAAUGCCUGCCUUCUUGCUGAAUACUUUAGGAGUAGAAAAUUAAAGACACGAGUGAUUGGAUGCCCAAAGACUAUUGAUGGUGACUUGAAAUGCAAAGAGGUUCCUACAAGUUUUGGUUUUGAUACUGCAUGCAAGAUUUAUUCUGAGCAAAUUGGAAAUGUGAUGAUAGAUGCUCGUUCUACAGGAAAAUAUUAUCAUUUUGUACGCCUAAUGGGACGUGCUGCUUCCCACAUUACAUUAGAGUGUGCUCUGCAAACUCAUCCAAACAUCACUCUUAUUGGGGAGGAGGUUGCCUCUGAGAAGCUGACAUCGAAAAAUGUUACAAAUUACAUAGCGGAUGUAAUUUGUAAACGUGAAUGUCUUGGUUAUAAUUAUGGUGUCAUACUCAUACCUGAAGGACUUAUUGAUUUCAUUCCUGAGGUGCAACAACUUAUUUCGGAACUAAAUGAAAUUCUGGCGAGUGGAAUUGUAGAUGAGAGUGGCAAAUGGAAAGAGAAGCUUAUUCCUCAGUCUCUACAGCUUUUUGAGAUACUUCCUCCUGCAAUUCAAGAUCAGUUGAUGCUUGAAAGGGAUCCCCAUGGAAAUGUUCAGGUUGCGAAAAUAGAAACAGAGAAAAUGCUUAUGCAAAUGGUUGAAAGUGAAUUAGAGAAGAGGAAGCAAGUGGGCCAAUAUGCAUGCCACUUUAAAGGCCAGUCCCAUUUUUUCGGUUACGAAGGACGAUGUGGUUUGCCUUCAAACUUUGACUCUUCUUACUGUUAUGCAUUGGGUUAUGGUGCUGGAGCUCUACUCCAGGGUGGUAAAUCCGGACUAAUAUCUUCCGUUGGAAAUUUGGGUGCACCGGUGGUAGAAUGGACUGUUGGUGGAACUCCAUUGACUUCUUUAAUGGACGUGGAAAGGAGACAUGGUAAAUUCAAGCCUGUGAUAAAGAAGGCGAUGGUUGAGCUUGAUGGUGCACCAUUCAAGAAAUUUGCAUCACUGAAGGAGGAGUGGUCUCUUCAAAACAGAUAUAUCAGUCCUGGUCCCAUUCAGUUUGUUGGAGCGGAAGCUGAUAGAGCCAACCACACUUUGUUGUUGGAGCUUGGAAUCCAGGGCACAUUAGAGCUUAUGAUUCGGUGGUUGGAAUAA